UGAGAUCAGCUGAUCCUUUCAUCCUUGCGCGGACCAAAACAGCUAGCGCUAGCUUAACAGCUGGUAAUGCAAGUUAUGAAUGGACAUGUCAAUUUAGUAAGACACAAUUAGGUAGGAUAUUCCAGGUUAUUGUUUCUGGCUGUUUAACAAUAGUGUCUCGUCUGUCAACAGUCAACGUGUCCAAGGAGCUGUCAUGUAGCUAUUAAUGCCAACCUGCGUCAGUGACCGAAGCUAAUGGGCUAACUUACCUAGAUGUUCAGGUACCGUUGCCGAGUUUUUCGCCGCAUACACGGUUAACGCUUGUUAAAAAAUCGAGUUAAUGAAAUAAAUGCGGUGGGCAGUUCUGCUCUUGUGAGGAAUUGAAUGCUUCAGGCCACCAAACAGGCUGGAAGCUUUAAUUCCACAUUAAUUAUGACUUGUCUCUGAGAAUGGGUGGAAGUGGAUCCAAAGCCAAAGGUGUCUGGCCUUUCGCAGGCAGUGGAGGCGAGUCAGGAAAUGAUGGAAACGAACAGUCUUUAGCCCGUCUGAAAGGUUCAAGAAAUGCAACACCAUUUGUUUUUACAAGGAGGAGUUCUUUGUACUAUGACGAGGAUGGCGACCUUGCCCAUGAAUUCUACGAGGAGAUGGUGGUGACAAAAAAUGGCAGGAAAAAGUCCAAGUUGAAAAGGAUCCAGAAAAAUCUGAUUCCACAGGGAAUUGUGAAGCUGGACCACCCCUGCAUUCAUGUAGAUUUCCCCAUCAUCCUCUGUGAGGUGUGAGAAGUUACACAGGACUGAUCUCAAAUGAUGUGCUGUCACAGGAACCUCUAAGAGCAAAGUCUCACUCCAGUCAGAGGGAUUGUGGUCAAGACUAGAAAUAUGGUCCCGAGGACUUAAAGGGAAAACUCAAGCUGUCAUGAUAAAUCACCAUUUUGAGUGAAAUGCAACACAUUUGAAUUUCACUGAGGUCAGUGAGUGCAUUGUUCUCUAAAAUCACUUAAAUGACAUUUACAGUAGUGGUGGUACAGUUUGUCUCCACUACCCAGCUGAUAUGUAAGCAUUCAUGUUCUACAUGUUGUAUUUCUCUUGUGAUUUUUUUUUAAAAUUUUUCCAAGGAAAAACAUUUAAGUCUUUAAAUGGCCCAUGCCUUUAGGAAAAUGUAGAGUGUUACACUGUUUCUUUGUACAUGUUCAUGUUUCUGUCUCAUUUGGGUGAACGUGUGACUGAGAGAUUGGAGGUAACAGGGUACUAAAUAUGGUGGAUUGUGAAGUGUAUUGUACAUAUAGUCAUGCUCUGUAUUGUCAUGCUUGAGUGUGGUUUGUUUACUGGAGCUCAGACCUGCACUAGUGAACAUUAUGUACUGUAAAUAAUUUCAGAUUUUUUUUUAGUUGGAAAUACUUGAAUAAAUAGUUUAUUGAGCUGAAAGUCGAGUCAAAUUCUUUAUAUGUUUCUUUGCCAUUAAGACCCUUCUGCUGUUUCCCCAAUACCACACAAUGUAAUUAUGCAUUUUUCAUUUUAUUUCACUUGAACAGGUGCAGAAUGAAGUGUAAAAAAAUUUGAUUAGAUAAGGUUUGUUUUUCACUGAUAUGAAGGAGGUUUUGCUAAUUUUACUGGAUACAUUAGUAUGAUUGACACAAAGGUAUUUUUGUUGGUAUUUUUAAGGGUACUUUGAAGCUAAUUUCCUGUUAACGAUUUUUUUUGUGUUGUCAUCUUGGCAGCUACAAUUGUAAAAAUGAAAUGUGCCACAGCUGCAUCAUUUUAAUAGUGUUGCAGCAUACCUAUGUAUUUUGUUAAUUAUCAUUAAAUGUG